AUGGCCAGUCUAUUUCGUAACUCCCAAUCGAUGGUUUCGCGUUUGUCAUAUGUUUAUCGCACUGCAACAACAGCAGCAGCUAACGCAGCCAAAUCAACAGGCGGAAGCAACGUAGCAGUACGAGAUGCUCGACCACGCUCGAAUGUCUCAGAUCCUAUUCGACCACGACCUGCGCCAGAAUCAACUUCAAUUCCGUUAGUUGGUACAGCUUUAAAUACGCCAGGACAACUAGUAUUGGGCUUAUUUCUUGCUAUUAGUGGAUACUUCAUUUUCAACAAUUAUAUAGUCAACCCUGAGUUUUACAAAAGUUUACAAAUAAGUCGCGAAGCAAGUAAAGUCAAUUCACAUGCUCACUCAGCUGGGCAUGAUCUCGGUCACAAAUCUGACGAUGGUCACGGAGAUAAGAAGAGACAUUGA